CAAACAAAGCUAGAUAGAAAAACUUCUAACGAAAUGAACCCACAAAAGCUUAACAAUUAUUCAACAAAAUUAAACCUAUGCAAGAUUUUCGCUAUUUCAGCCUUCAUUCUAUACAUUUUCUUAAUGUACAAUAAUUCUGAAUCUUCUAACUGCAUUUCACCAGUCACAAAAACCUUCAACGAAUCUUCUCCGUCUCCUUGGCCAACGCCCUCAUCGUCGUUGCUAGAGCCAUCGACGUCCUUGUCAACCAACGUCAACCAUUUGGUCUUUGGCAUUUCGGGUUCUGUCAAGGCAUGGCGUGACAGGAAAAAGUAUUUCCGAGAAUGGUGGAGGCCAAACGUAACAAGAGGUUACAUCUUUUUUGAUAAAAAUCCAACCCCUGACAUUCUCCCUUGGCCAGAUUAUCUCCCUCCCUAUCGCGUGUCAGAGAACACCACAAAAUUUGAGGUGUACUCGAGACACGUGAAGCCUUACGUUAUCAGGAUCGUGAGAACGAUCUUGGAAACGUUUAGGGAGGGAGACAAAGAUGUCAGGUGGUAUGUCAUGGGAGAUGAUGAUACAAUAUUUUUCUUGGAUAAUUUGGUGGAACUUUUGGGGAGGUAUGAUCACACCAAAUAUUUCUAUAUUGGUGGUGUAUCCGAAUGUGUAAAGUCGAAUUUUGACUUCUCGUUCGAGAUGGCAUUUGGUGGUGGAGGGUUUGCGUUGAGUUACCCUCUCGUAGAGGCCUUGGUCGCGAACCUUGAUCGUUGCAUUGGCAUUUACCCCUUUUAUUUUGUUAGCGACCAGAUUUUGAGUGCUUGCAUUGCUGAUCUUGGUGUCCCUCUUACCCCCGAAAAAGGAUUUCAUCAGAUUGAUCUGGUGCACGACAUAUCUGGGUUUUUAUCGGCGCACCCACAAGCACCGUUGAUCUCCCUCCACCACCUAGACAUUGUCUCGCCGAUUUUUCCAGCCAUGGACCGUCAUAAGUCUGUAAGACAUCUCAUGACCGCAGCUAAAGUUGAUCAAUCACGCCUUCUCCAACAAACUGUUUGCUACCACAAGCAAAAAAAAUGGGCAUUUUCGAUAGCUUGGGGUUACUCGGCUUACAUAUAUGAGCAAAUGAUUCCUCGUAGCCUUCUUAGAAGGCCUUUCGAGACAUUCACUCCAUGGAGCUUGAAACGACGGCCACCAGAUUACAUGUUUAACACACGACUAGUCACUAAUAAUAAUUCAUGUGAAACUCCUCAUACUUUCUUCUUUCAUUCCAUAAAAAGACUAACAAAUAAUGAUGGUAAUAAGACAACAAAUGAAGUUAUGAUGACUUAUGUUCGUUACAAGAACCGGCGGUUGCCCCCUUGUUCUGAAGAUCACUCAGCCGAUCAUAUAACGAAGAUCCUUGUUUACUCUCCAGCAACAAAACUAGACUUUGUUGAAAAUAGAGGGGAAUGUUGUGAUAUAGUGAAAGUUGAUGGCAAGAACACAGCAAUACUCAAGAUAAGGGAUUGCGAGAAAACUGAGAUUAUAGCUUAA